GCGGAUCUUCAAAUGUUCCAAUUUUAGACAUCAGACGUCAAACGUUCAAACAUUUGAACAUUUGAAAGCAUCGUGUGAAAGUCUCUUCCAUACAUUUGGAAAUCAGGAGUUGAUAAUGAUGCACUUCCAGCUGAUAGAUUCCGAACCAAAUUUAAGAAUGCCAUGGACUUUGAUCUUUCACAGGAUAUUCUGAAGGAUACGCCGUCGUCAUCAUCUCAAUUGCUACAUGAUUUACCUUCCAGCAGACUAAUCAGUGGGAUUGAUUCUACAGAUCACAGUGAUGAACAGAAAUCCGCGUCGGCUCAACACGGAACACACAGUAGCCAUACCAUUUUGUUAAGAACGCCAUUAUCGACGCCCGAGAAGAUUAAAGAUCUGAAUCCCAGCAACACUCCCACACUAUCUCACCAAACAGGAUCUGCCAUAUGCAAAAUUGAAGAAAUAUUCGAGGCCAUGACUGAUUGUAUGAUUGGGAGAAGGAAACAGUUUUCUCUUCAUUUAAAAUCCCGAAGUCUAGGCACAAAAAACACAACUCUAGGAAAUAAAGAAGUUCUUGGUUCAAGAAUUGUGCAGUUUCCCAGUUCUUCGCCUCGAGAAGCGUGGAAAUUUGUUGCGUUGCUACGGAUUCUGGAGCUUUCUCAUGAGGCGCUUGUCACUGGAAACAUCAUUACCAAGAGAGACAUGUAUUAUCGAGACCCGGAGCUUUUUACGAAACAGGCAAUUGUCGAUCGCUUCGUAGAUGACAUCGCGUGCACCCUUGGGCUGAAGCGCGACGCUCUGAAUGUGAUGGCCACUGCCAAAGGAUUAGUCACAGGCUGGUUCUUUAUGAAGAGAAGGAAUCAGUCCGCAAUGGAUUAUUCAUCAGCUGCAGAUGUUUGCUCCCAAGUAUUCUCCUUGCGCCACUUUUAACUAAUUAUGCAGUCACAACUGGUACCAUGGGUAAGAGAAAUAGAAGAUAUGAACCUAUCACACGUCAAAUGGAUACUGGUUAUUGAGAAAGAGGCGACAUUUCGCACAUUGGCAGAAAAGCGAUAUUGGGAAUAUUCGACUGCAGGGAGAGGUAUAUUACUUACAGCAAAAGGUUAUCCUGAUAUACAAAGCCGACAGUUUCUCCACUAUUUGGCGAAACAUUAUCCAAUGGUCCCUAUAUAUGCUUUGGUGGACUUCGAUCCCGAUGGUAUAGGCAUUAUGUCCACAUACAAGCAUGGCUCUGUCGCACUCGCACAUGAAAAUGAAGGUCUUUCCGUCCCUUUUAUGCAUUGGCUGGGACUUCGAAGUAAGGACAUGAUGCAAGGAGGGAAAGAGAAUGAGGGCUUACUGAAAUUGACGGAACGCGAUAGACGGCUCGCAGUGAAGAUGCUACAAAGAGAUCUGUGUCAGGAGUAUGGAGAUGAACACGAAUGGAGAAGAGAGAUUCAAGUCAUGUUGAUGCUAAACAAGAAGGCGGAAAUCCAAAUUAUUGGCAAUGGUGACGCAUUAGAGAAUUGGCUGAAUAAACAAUUGGGAGAAUAAAAGAAUAGACUGAAAGGAUCAUAACAAGAAUCUCUUUAAUGGAUCAUCGAUUUUAUAAAACAAUGGAGAUGUGUGUUCAGGUAAGAUCACAAAUACGUCGCGAAAUACACGAAAUGAAAAAUAUGAAAUUUCGCCUUUCCAUCCAACACGACUUCAUCACAUUCCAAAGUCGGGCCGUUCCAAUAAUCAAAUAUCAAGGCACAAAAAGUCCAAAAAGAUGAUUAAAUCAACCACGCGCUAUAUUUCUCUACUCCACGUGAGCUGUGGUUUACCACACGAUCUUGAUCGGUCACCUGGCCAGGGCUCCAUAAUCAAGGUACACAAAUUGGGACUUUUGGGACUUUAUCAGCAAGCGGACGGGGACUGGGACUUGCCAACACGGCUAUACAGCCUGUUUUUGUGCGUUGGCGAGAAAGGUGACCUGGUUCUGGUAUUUGUGUGGAGGGAGGCAAUGGCGUGGUGAAUAUGUAUGUGGUGGGUUGGGGAAUGGGUGGGCGGUGAGCAUGGGUUGAGAUGAGGCAGUUUGUUUCUCGGUGUGUCUAGGAAGAAGAGUGGUAAUGCGUAAUAAGUAUGAUUA